AUGGGGGGCUCUGUCCAAGUCGUGGCGAGUCUCCUCCUGCUGCUGGUCGCGGCGGGGAGCCUCAGGGGAGCCUUGGGCUCCGGGCUCGACUUCACUGAGGACUUGCUGACCGUGUUCGGGGACAACCGGAGCCUGUCUGCGGCUCAAGUGGGUCACCUGCUGGAAGAGCUCGGCGCUGCGUCGUCAAAGACGGUCGAGAACGUGCAGCACUUGAAUUUGCACUAUAACCAGUGUUUGUCUGCUGAAGAGAUUUUUUCUAUUCAUGGGCUCUCAAAUGACACACGGAUAACCAGUUCUAACUUCUCGGUGAUUUGUCCUGCGGUCUUACAGCAACUGACAUUUCACCCUUGCAAUGGCCGCCCGAAGCACAAAGCCAAACCAACGCCUUCAGAAAUCUGGGGAUAUGGAUUCCUUUCGGUGACUAUCAUUAACCUGGCAUCUCUCCUGGGACUGGUUUUGACUCCAUUGUUAAAGAAGCCAUAUUUUCCUAAGAUUUUGACUUAUUUUGUGGGACUGGCCAUUGGGACUCUCUUUUCAAAUGCAAUUUUCCAGCUUAUUCCAGAGGCAUUUGGAUUUGAUCCCAAAGUUGAUAACUACAUUGAAAAAGCUGCUGCUGUAUUUGGUGGAUUCUAUAUUCUCUUCUUUGUUGAACGAGUGCUUAAGAUGCUGUUGAAGACUUAUGGACAGAACGAUCAUGCUCACUUUAGAAAUGAAGACUUCUUUCCUUCUCAAGAAAAAGCUAACCCACCCCCCAAAUUGCCUUCCAUCAAUGGUGUCAAAUGUUAUGCAAAUCCAGCAGUAACACAGCCUAAUGGACAUCUCCAUUUUGAUAAUGUCAGUGUGGUUUCUGUCCAGGAUGUAAAAAGGGAACCAAGUUCAUGUACAUGUUUAAAGGGGCCCAAGCUAUCAGAAAUAGGCACCAUUGCCUGGAUGAUAACCCUCAGUGAUGCCCUCCAUAACUUUAUUGAUGGCCUGGCUAUUGGUGCUUCAUGCACCCUGUCUCUUCUUCAGGGACUUAGCACUUCCAUAGCAAUCCUGUGUGAGGAGUUUCCUCAUGAGUUAGGGGACUUUGUGAUCCUUCUCAAUGCGGGAAUGAGUACUCGGCAAGCUUUGUUCUUCAACUUCCUUUCCGCCUGCUCCUGCUAUGUUGGGCUAGCCUUUGGCAUUUUGGUGGGCAACAACUUUGCCCCAAAUAUAAUUUUUGCUCUAGCCGGUGGGAUGUUCCUCUAUAUUUCUCUGGCAGAUAUGUUCCCGGAGAUGAAUGAUAUGCUAAGAGAAAAAGUAACUGGAAGAAAAACAGAUUUAACCUUCUUCAUUAUUCAGAAUGCUGGCCUGCUAACAGGAUUCACAGCUAUACUUCUCAUUACCCUGUUUGCAGGAGAAAUUGAGUUGGAGUAAUCUGACUUUGAAGAUGGCAUAGUUAAUGAAGACAAUUAACCAAUAAAAAAUGAAGAAUUCUUUUAGUCUGCACGGGGGCUUUCAGUUGAUCUACUGAGUGAAAAGACAAUCUUGUUUUCUUUUGCAAGUCACAGAAAAUCAGUUACUAUUUCCAGGCCUGCAAAAGGGCUCAUCAACCAUGUGUUACAAAAUGUUUUUCAGUUAAAUACAGCUUACCAGUUCCUUGGUAAACAGUGUUGCAUGUUAUAUGUGGCCAAGAACUACCAUUCCAUAUGACUCUGGCAAAUAAAGAUGAAGAAAAAUUAAUACAGGUUUUCCAGAUCUUAAUAAUUCUGAUGGGAGCAAAGGCUCAAGUGGUUUCCAGGCAGGUUAAUUCUCAUUAAUUUGUUGUAGUGGUUUUAUGGGCAAGACCAUCAAAACAUGGAGGAGAAUCAAAACUAUUUCAGCACACAUGUAAGUGGGGCUGAGAUCUUAAUUAUUAACACAAACAAGAAAGAUAUCAUUUUCAGCUUUUGAUCACUCUUUUUAUGUGACUCAGAUAUAUUUUGAGAACCCCUUUUAAAAAUAGAAAAAGCUUAUGAAAAACCUGAAAAUUCUAGACAUUCUAAAAAAUGUAAUCUGCUAUGUGCACUCUGAACUUUUAUAGAUAUUUUACCCCAAAUAGUCAAUUUCACUCAGAGUUGGGCUUGUUAGGCCAGAAGAUUUUAUUCUAAAACUAGAAUUGCCUGUAUGGCAUGCACAAAUGGUAUUGUAGCUUCUAUUGUUACUGAGUGGCAGAUCAACAUUCAGGGAGAUGACAGUGCUCAGUAUCAAUAUGCAAUAAAUGUUUUCUAAAGGGGUUGUUUGUUCACAGAAAGAAACAAUAACAUUUUAAUCAGUUCUAAAGAAGGACAAAUGUUAGUUCAGUGAGGUUUUUAUAAAUGCAUUAAAAGCAGCUGGACUGUUAUAAAUCAAGGGUUAAUGGAAGGGGGGGAAUCACAAUUUCCUUAUGGGAAAUUACUGAUUUUGGGAAAAUUACCUGUUUUGUCAUCAGUUGAUAUUUUUUCUUAAUAGUUUAAUAAGUACCUCUCGAUAGAAUGCUGGACCAGGAGUCAGGAAGACAUGAAUUCAAAUCCAGCUUCUAAUGCUCACUAGCUAUGUGACCCUGGGCAAGUCACUUAACCUUGUUAGCCUCAGUUCCUCAUCUGUAAAAUGAGCUGGAGAGGGAAAUGGCAAACUACUCCAGUAUCUCUGCCAAAAAAAAAAAAAAACCCAGAUGGGGACACAAAGAGUCAGAAAUAACUGAAACAACUGAACAACAACAAUAACAACCUCAAUACAAAAUAACUCAGGCUAUUUUUCUGCAUUGCAAUAACAAUACAGCAGAGACUAAUCUGUCCAUUCAGUUAGGAGAUAAUACUACUGGUGAAUUGUCCUAAAUGAUUUUAACUCUAUAUUUUGUGUAUGUGUGUAGAAUAAUUCAUGCUCCCAUGUCACCUUAAAAUAAAAUUAUUUUAAAAUGUGAAAAUGAUUGUUAGUUUGUAAAAUCAGUGGUGAACUUUCCCCUCCAAUUGUACAGUGUUUUUAUGUGACAAUAAAUGGACUUGAUGAACAUGUUCUGUUUUAUAUGUUGCAUGACAUUGAUGACAAUUUUCCAGUUUCCAGUCAACAAAAUAGUAAAGUUAUUUGAAACUAUGAAAUGAUGGUAUCUAUAAGCUUCCUUUCAGAAAAAAAUAAACUUUGAUAUACAA